ACUGUGCGAGGCCAGGGUGCAGCUCAAAGCAGGUGGCCCCGCAGCGGGGGGAGCGGGCCCAUGGCUGAGGCGGCCCAGCCCAGUGGGGAAUCCCAAGGGGCAGAAGUUACGAUCCAGAUCCAGCAGCCGACAGAGCGAGCCCUGAGGACACCGGUCCGCCGGGGCCCGCGCUCCGUGCUCAGAGUGUCCCAGCUGCUGCUCAGGGCCAUCGCGGGCCACCAGCGGCUGACGCUGGCGGCGCUCAAGAAGGAGCUGGGAAACGCCGGCUACGAAGUGCGCCGGAAAAUCAGCCGCCACGUCGGGGAAUCCACCAGGUCCGAGAAGGGCACACUCCUUCGGGUCAGUGGCAGCGACGCCGCGGGCUACUUCAGGGUCUGGAGAGCCCCAAAGCCGAGGAGAAAGGGGGGACGGUCCCGGCUGACGCUGGGCCGCCGCUCCUCAAGGAGGACCCUGCCCCGAUCCCCCAGACCGCGCAGGCCCCGCUCGCGUCGCAAGGCCGCCAAGAAGGCCCGAGAAGUCUGGAGACGCAAGGCCAAGGUUUCGAAGGCAAAGCCCAGGGGAACCAGAUCAACGGCCAGGUCAAGGGUCAGGUCAAGGGUCAGGUCAAGGGCCAGGUCAGUGGCCAAGUCUAGAGCCGCAGACCAGGUGUGUGCCAGGGCCAAGGAACAGGCUUGCGCCAGAGCUAGGGAACAGGCUCGUGCCAGGAGCAGGGCACAGGACUGUGCCAAGCCCAAGGAGGAGGAGUGCACCAAGGCCAGGGAACAGGCAUGUACGGGAGCCAGGGAGGAAGCCAGGGUGAGGGCAAUGGACAAUAGCAAAGUAAAGCCUUCAGGGGAAGACGCCAAGCCUCAACCUAAAGAUGAGAGGAGGCCAAGCUCGAAAUCUAGGGACGAGAAGAGGCAGGAACCCGAGAAGCUGGUAAAACGAAACACGCAGAAGCCAGCUGUGGCCAAAGCUGACAGCGCUUCUUCCAGCGGACAAGGAAAAGCACGCACGAAGUCUUCUACCAAAAGUGAAGGUCCUGGGUGCUCAGGGAACUCUUAAUGUCAGAGCUGUUCCUCAGGGCACUGUUUCCUUUCCAGACAGGCUCCAAGGAGAGCAGCUGUCUUUCAUUGAAGCUAUUUACAAGA